CCUAUAUUUAUGCUCUAAAGGGAAGAAAGAAUAACAACAAAGAGCACAAUCAUGCUAAUUCCCGAGUGAGUUUAAGCGUCCUUGUUACCCGGAGACCAAUUCAGGAUGGCCGGCGGCAACAAUCCCAAGCCUUCCUCAUCCUCCCACCGCAAAACCCGCUGGGAAUCCAACUCCUCCGCCGCCCCCACCGCCACUACCACCAUCACCACCAACACCAAAUCUCCUUCCGAUCCCAAACUCAAACCCAACACCAAUAAUCCAAACCCUAACAAUAACCCUAAACCUAACCCUAAUCCCAGCCCCAAACUUCCAAACAAUCACCCUGCCCUAAUCCCCUUCCAAUUUCCUGAACCCGGUCCACCUCCUCCUCCGGCCUAUGGUUUCCACAUGCUCGAACGGCGAACGAUCAUCCUCGCCGACGGCAGUGUCAGAUCCUACUUCGCUCUCCCCCCUGAUUACCAGGAUUUCGCACCCCCACUCCCACCUCGACCUUUAGACCGCUUUGAUAUGCGAUUCCCUCCCCGUCCUGAUUAUCAGAAUCCCUUGGAAGCCUCCUUGGCGAAGAGGAAGUAUGGCGAGGAUGGUAGGGAUGAAUUCGCCAGACAAAGGGAACAGCUUUUGCGGAAUGCCAAUGGGUUUGCUAAUAGGGUUCCUGGUGGUGAGUUUCCUGCUGGUCCCAGUGGUCCUCUUAAGCGAGAUAUGAUGGACCCUGUUGAUCUGAGACCUUCUAAGCAGUUGAGGGUUGAUGGGGUUGGUGGUGCUAAUAAUGCUAGGCACCCGCAGGUUGAUCAGGAGGCUUUGAAGAAAACCUUUCUUCACUUUGUUAGGUUAAUCAAUGAUAAUCCGUCUCUUAAGAAGAGUUUUUCGGUGGAUGGAAAGCAAGGGCGGGUUCAGUGUGUUGCUUGUGGCAGUGGCACUAACAGGGCUGCUAAAGAAUUUUCAGAUAUACAUGCUCUCAUUAUGCAUACUUACAACUCAGAUAAUGCUGAUUUACGUGCUGAUCAUUUGGGAUUACACAAAGCUCUGUGUGUCUUAAUGGGUUGGAAUCAUUCAACGCCUCCUGAUAACUCAAAGGCAUAUCAGUAUCUAUCUGCUGAUGAAGCAGAAGCAAAUCGGGAUGAUCUGAUCAUGUGGCCACCUUUGGUGAUCAUCCACAACACAAACACAGAAAAAAGUAGAGAUGGUCGUAUGGAGGGUUUGGGAAACAAAUGGAUGGAUAAUAAAAUUAGAGAGCUUGGAUUUGUUGGUGGCAAAUCAAAGGCAUUAUAUGGAAAAGAAGGUCAUUUGGGCAUAACACUGGUUAAAUAUGCUGAUGACAAAUCAGGCUUGGAGCAAGCCAUGCGGCUUGCUGAACACUUUAAGAAGGAAAAUCAUGGACGUAAGGAUUGGGCUCGUGUGCAUACCCAGUCAUUAGGAAAGGAUGAUGAAAACAAUCCAAACCUUGUGCAGGUUGAUGAGAAAAAAGGAGAGAAAAGGAAAGUCUUGUAUGGCUAUCUAGGAACCGCUUUUGAUAUUGACAAACUUGAUUUUGAUACAAGGAAGAAGGUAGUUAUAAAAAGCCGGAGAGAAUACAAACCCUCCAUGUAGUUUCUGGACUAUACAUUCAUGGAAUUAUUUAUGGAUUGUUCUGGGAUGAAGUCUUUUCCUGUUGGCAUUAUUAGCCUCAAUUUCUGAAGAUGAUGAAGCUUAUGUAUUAUGUUGUACCGAUCGUUUCAAUGUAUAAUAGGAGGCUUGUUCAAAAAAAUAAUGUACACUAGGAGGCAACAUUGCCAAUAAUAUUUAUUCUAAUUUUCCUUAUUCA